AUUCCAUAUUAUGAAAAUAGCGGAGCUCCGUUCCUGUUCCAAUCCUGUAAAAUUGUAGCACGAUAUAGAACGAACCUUUUGAGAGUGUUUGUAGCUAUAGGUAUUACUACGAGCGGCGGAAUUGUUUCUCGUUGGCCAAACGUUUCGUGAAGACUGUCCACUGCCUGGAAAAGGAGAAGCAAGAUUUUCGACGAUGGGGAAGAACGGAACCAUGAACAUUGAAAAUGAGGAGCCAAGGGAAGUCGUUGCGUCGAGAGCAAUGUGCUACUAUUCGUUCGAUAUUUUGAUCCAUGCUUUGCAAAGACGGAAUACUAGCUUGCCUGAGUCCAACCGUGGCAACGAGUUGGCAGCCGAAUUCGUAAGCGAGCUACCUGACCCUUCUAUCCAGUGCCCAUUGUUUGUCACCUGGGAAAAAUCCGCUCACAAUGGAUCCGGUUGGCGAUUGCGGGGUUGUAUUGGAUGCCUCAACCCACGACCGUUGGCAACCGAUGUGGGAGAGUAUGCAUUGAUAAGUGCGUUUCGUGAUCGACGAUUUAAUCCCAUUUCCCGAGAGGAAGUUCAGUCGCUCCGCGUCUCGGUCAGCCUGCUUGUUGAUUACGAAGACUGCGAACACGUAUACGAUUGGACCAUUGGGGUACAUGGAAUCAUGAUAAAAUUCGCCGUUGAUGGUAAACUGUUCAGCGGAACUUUCUUGCCAGAAGUAGCCAAGCAGCAACGCUGGGACCACGCCGAGACGAUUUCAUCACUAAUACGAAAGGCGGGAUACACAAAAGCCAUCGACCAGAGUCUUUUAGAUGGGAUUCAUUGUAGGAGAUACCAAUCGUCAAAGUGCCUCGUCACAUACGCCGACUACGUGAACGAAAAAUGUGGAGGAAUUGAUCCGGUUUUCACUCCUUUGGGGCAAGAAAAAGAAUCGAAACAACCAUGGUACAAACACUUUCCAGGGUUAUAAGCUAAUGCAAUGCUUGAUCUUUUUAUGGCAGCAUCAAGUCCAGUAUUCUCAGAAUAUGGGUUUAGAAUGACAUACAUUAUCCGCACUAGACUACACUUUUGUCUUGUGUCUCAUGUCAAUGAGCAAGGCUUAUUUUACUGGAUACUACAAUAGCACAACCAUUGCUUCUUUCUAAGGAAUAUUUCUUUAUUUCAAGCAUUGACACAUUGUCAUGUGAAUAUUUCAAAGAGUGAAAUUGAUUGCUUAUGAGAAGACUUGUGGAAUUUUUUKUUGCAAAUUGAAAAAUUGUUACUCUAAGGACCUAGAGUUCUGCUACCAGAAAACCCUGAAAGAGUGUGUUACAAAAGUUGAAUAUUAGUGCACACCUUUGAGUUUUGARACUUUCAAAUAUUCUAUUUUGUUAACUUCUUGUUGUUGUAGUACAUAACCAACUCUGGAGGGGGGGGCUCCUCCCAUAGAUAAGUGGUCAUCUGAAAAGUGCUACUAUUUGCAAUUUUCCAACCACACUACUACUAGUGAAUAGAUAAUUAUUAUUCUA